AUUGGCCGAAGCAGUGAGUGGACGGCCGCGGAUUGGCUGUGCUCAGCGGCGGGCUGAGCAACUGGAGUGAGGGGAGCAGUUGGGCCAAGAUGGCGGCCGCCGAGGGACCCGUGAGCGACGGCGAGCUGUGGCAGACCUGGCUUCCUAACCACGUCGUGUUCUUGCGGCUCCGGGAGGGACUGAAAAACCAGAGUCCAGCCGAAGCUGAGAAACCAACUUCUUCGUCGUUGCCUUCGUCGCCGCCGCCGCAGUUGCUGACGAGAAACGUGGUCUUUGGCCUCGGCGGAGAGCUCUUCCUGUGGGACGGAGAAGACAGCUCCUUCUUAGUCGUUCGCCUUCGGGGCCCCAGCGGCGGCGGCGGCGGCGAAGAGCCCGCCCUGUCCCAGUACCAGAGAUUGCUUUGCAUAAAUCCACCGCUGUUUGAAAUCUAUCAAGUCUUGUUAAGCCCAACACAACAUCAUGUAGCACUUAUAGGAAUAAAAGGACUUAUGGUAUUAGAAUUACCUAAAAGAUGGGGGAAGAAUUCUGAAUUUGAAGGUGGAAAAUCAACAGUGAAUUGUAGUACCACUCCAGUUGCUGAGAGAUUUUUCACCAGUUCCACCUCUCUGACUCUAAAGCAUGCUGCAUGGUAUCCAAGUGAAAUCCUGGAUCCCCACGUGGUGCUGUUAACAUCAGACAACGUAAUCAGAAUUUACUCACUACGUGAGCCCCAGACACCCACUAAGGUGAUUAUACUUUCAGAAGCCGAAGAGGAAAGUCUAGUACUCAAUAAAGGAAGGGCAUAUACCGCAUCUCUAGGAGAGACAGCAGUUGCAUUUGACUUUGGGCCGUUGGCAGCAGUCCCAAAGACUCUAUUUGGACAAAAAGGCAAAGAUGAAGUAGUGGCAUACCCACUGUACAUCUUAUAUGAGAAUGGAGAGACUUUCCUGACAUACAUCAGUCUGUUACACAGCCCUGGAAAUACUGGAAAGCUGUUGGGUCCAUUGCCCAUGCAUCCUGCGGCUGAAGAUAACUAUGGUUAUGAUGCGUGUGCUAUCCUCUGCUUACCCUGUGUCCCCAAUAUCUUAGUGAUCGCCACUGAAUCAGGAAUGCUGUAUCACUGUGUCGUGCUAGAAGGGGAAGAAGAAGAUGACCACACGUCAGAAAAGUCCUGGGAUUCCAGGAUUGACCUCAUUCCUUCUCUGUAUGUGUUUGAAUGUGUUGAGUUGGAGCUUGCUUUGAAACUGGCAUCUGGAGAGGAUGACCCUUUUGAUUCUGACUUUUCUUGUCCAAUCAAACUUCAUAGAGAUCCCAAGUGUCCUUCAAGGUAUCACUGUACUCAUGAAGCUGGUGUACAUAGUGUUGGGCUAACUUGGAUUCAUAAACUUCACAAAUUUCUUGGAUCAGAUGAAGAAGAUAAGGAUAGUUUACAGGAACUCUCUACAGAACAGAAAUGCUUUGUUGAACACAUCCUUUGUACGAAGCCAUUGCCCUGCAGGCAGCCAGCUCCAAUUCGAGGAUUUUGGAUUGUACCUGACAUUCUGGGACCCACGAUGAUCUGCAUCACCAGUACCUAUGAAUGCCUCAUAAGGCCGUUAUUAAGUACAGUCCAUCCAGCGUCUCCUCCCCUGCUUUGUACUCGAGAAGAUGUUGAAGUGGCAGAGUCUCCCCUCCGUGUUCUGGCUGAAACCCCAGAUUCCUUUGAAAAGCAUAUUAGAAGCAUUUUGCAACGUAGUGUUGCCAAUCCAGCAUUUUUGAAAGCUUCUGAAAAGGACAUAGCCCCUCCUCCUGAAGAAUGCCUUCAGCUUCUCAGCAGAGCCACCCAGGUGUUCAGAGAGCAGUACAUUCUCAAACAGGACUUGGCAAAGGAGGAGAUUCAGCGGAGGGUCAAAUUAUUAUGUGACCAAAGAAAGAAACAACUAGAAGACCUCAAUUAUUGUCGAGAAGAGAAGAAAAGUCUGCGGGAAAUGGCUGAGCGUUUAGCUGACAAAUAUGAGGAAGCUAAAGAAAAACAAGAGGAUAUCAUGAACAGGAUGAAAAAAGUACUUCACAGUUUUCACUCUGAGCUCCCAGUUCUCUCUGAUAGUGAGCGAGACAUGAAGAAAGAAUUACAGCUGAUACCUGAUCAACUUCGACAUUUGGGCAAUGCCAUCAAACAGGUUACUAUGAAAAAGGACUAUCAACAGCAAAAGAUGGAGAAGGUGUUGAGUCUUCAAAAACCCACCAUUACUCUCAGUGCCUACCAGCGAAAGUGCAUUCAGUCCAUCCUGAAGGAGGAGGGUGAACACAUAAGGGAAAUGGUGAAGCAAAUCAAUGAUAUCCGCAAUCAUGUAAACUUCUGACACCACCAGGAGCUGACUCACACCUGAACUGAACACCAUUGAAGGCUUAAACCCAUAUUGUAAAACAGGUAGCAUUAUCUAAUUUAUAAAAAGGCAUUUUGGAUGACCUUUGGUGUGGUUGUUCAUCUUUUUAAAUAUUUUUGUUUUAUAAUUAUUGAAUAAAUGCUUUUAUUUAAAA